AUGUGUAUGGCAUGGAGGAGGUUGUUCCAAAUCCAAGAGAUUGUCUAUAAGGAAUUGGUGAUUGAGUGUUUAGCAACGGUUUCAUCUAGAAGGAAAAUUAGUGCGCUCGAGGAUGGAAAUCUUACAUUUUAUUUGGGGGAAGAAAGGCAAGAGCUACGCCUUGCCGAGCUUGUGAUGAGGAUAGAGAUUUAUCUCCUGUUAACCACAAAUAACAUUAAUCAAAGACAAAAGGGGGACAAGGCCCCGGUGUUGCAUGUGUUUAUAUUAUGGGCCCUCAUCACAACCGAUAUCUAUGUGGACAUCCCAUUGCUUCUGGCAGAAUUUCUCUCAAUCCGGGCAGGCAAAGAUCGUCAUGGUUCUCCUUUAUAUGAUGGGAUGUUUAUCACCCGGAUUGCACAAUCUUUUGGCAUUAUUUACCAGCGUGAAGCCAUGUUUUUGACAAUCAAGCCUCAAAAAGCUUUUUCACCUCUUUUCUUAAAAAACGCUAAUAUUGUUGUUGAUAAUGCGUUUGGUAUUUUUUCCAUCCUCAAUGAUAUGCCCUGCAACCAACCCGGAAGACGGGUAAGACAAAAGGGUGGUGAUACCGACGAAGAUGACCCUCCAGUAAUCCCGACAGAGGACGAGCUCUCCAUGGACCCCUACAAUGUGACUUUAAGGUAG